CACUCUUCUCUCUCUCUUUUUCCUCUUUGUGUGAGUUCUAUUGGUUUUAUUGGAUAACUUAACACAAGCCCUUUUCUUAUUUCCCUCUCGCGUCCCUUCCAUACCAAUUGCUUACGACCCUUUUAUCUGCUCCUUUUGCUCCCCCCCCCGGUUUUGCUUAUUUCUGAAUCCACUGCUCAUUCUUGUUUCAAGGAAAAUGUUGGCUGCCUGUUCUUUUGACAUCUGAUAGCAAUGGCAGCUGAUCAACGGAGAAAGAGGCUGCACGGUGCUAGUAUUGCUGGAUGUAAUUCUUUGGACCGAUACAAAACCAAAAAGAAAAGGCUAGAGCCUCCGAGAAAUGAUUUGAAAACAAAAUGUUAUAUUUCCCUUGAGUGGGAUGGGAACAAAAAAGAAGUUGUUGCCAAAAGGGAACAAAUCGGCUUAAGUCGGAGGCAUUCAAGGUCAUUUACAGAUUCGACAGAUCAUUACCACAGAGUCUUAGCAGAUGUUUUGACUCUUCCUCAUGAAGUUUUUGAACUAAAGGACUUGACAAAGGUGCUUUCUUAUGAGGUUUGGCAGUCUCAUCUGUCUGAGAAUGAGAGAAAUUUUCUGAUGCAGUUUCUUCCCAAAGGGAUAGAUAAAGAGCAGGUUCUGCAAGCGUUAUUUUCUGGAGAUAACUUUCACUUUGGAAAUCAUUUUCUUCAAUGGGGUAUAUCACUUUGUUCGGGUCAUCUUCACCCUGAUACAAUUAUUCAGGAGGAACAGCGUUUAAAGGCCGAGAAGAAAGCAUACUACUCAGAGUUACAGGACUACCAUAAUGAUAUCGUAGAGAAUUUGAAGAAACUGAAGGAGAAAUGGGAAAGCUGCAAAUACCCAGAACAAGAAAUUGUGCAGAAGUUAUGGAGGUCAAAAAGGGUUUGUAAGAAAAGGGUUUUCUCACAUUCACGUGAGUCCAGGCUUGGCAAUGUUGAGCAGGAUGUUACAGCGACUUCUGAAUCUUGCUCUUGGGUUGCAGAUGAGAAAGCAUCCAGUAGUGAUAACCAGAAUUCUUCUGUUGUGAAGGAUGGAAAGAUACGAAGAAGUUUGUAUGAAAAAGGGACAGUCAAGGAAAAAGGUCGAAUGCUCUCUACUACUCCUGAUUAUGCGCCGACUGUGGAAGCAAGACCCAAAAAAGGUGACAAGAUACGCAAGCGCAAUAUUCAGCAGUGUGAUGGUACUAAAUACAUGUCAUGUUUUAAGAUAAGCAAGAAGCAGCAUGAUCUUUUAAAGAAUAUGGAGCAAUCUGGUAGAAGCAUUGAAUCAAAGUCUAUCAUCCGUGUUUUAGGUGACAUUUAUACCUUACAUGUGCAACCGUAUGAAGUAUUCAUAGAAGAAGAACAGAGGAAGUUGCAUGAACGUUGGUUGAAACUGGUAAAGGAAGAUAUCCCUGAAUCAUAUGCAAACUGGAGAGAAAUACAGUUGCAGAAAUGGAAAAUGACCAAGUCUUUGGAGCAAGAGAUGAAAGAAAAACCAAAUUCGCUGCUGGAGGAUGAGGAUGAUGAAGAUAAAUUAAAGCUCCAGGAUCAGGAAGACGAUGUUGAUACACACUCGGCUGCUCUAGAUGUAGAGGAAGAGGAUCCUGAGAAGGAUACUGAAGCCACGGAAAGUGAGUCCAGCAUGGAAGAUGGGGAGUCAGGUCUGGCCUUACCAUUGAAUCAGUCCCCACAGAAGAUUUCUUCUAUUGAUAGUGGCCAGCUGUGCAAUCACGUGGAGUCUGAAAACGAGAAUAUCUCAAAACCAGAUGUUGCAUCUUCGGAUGAAUCUGAACACUCGGACGAUUUGAACACUGCUGGUGCAACUGUUAGUCAGGAGGUUCCUGUCUCUUCUGUAGAAAUUGUCUGGUCAGCAGAUAGCAUGCCACACUCUUACCAUGACUCCACUGCUGACCAUAAAUACACAUCUACCAGUGGAUUGCCAUUCAUUCAUCAAGACACCGAAGACCAGAACCAAAUGACUGAUCUAGAAUCAGACUUGCGUAAAGGAAGUAAUGGGAAGGCAUUGUUGCAUAGUCAUUCUGAAGAUGGCCCCUUUAGUUAUACAAAUCAGGACCGAAAUGAGCUGCUUCAAUUGUUCUUCAAGGAUCAGGGAGUGUCGUCAUAUCAUAGUGAGCAGAAACAGGUAGGGGCAGAUUUCCAUCCCCCAAAGAAUCUAUUAAUGGAAGAUGAUCAUUUUAACGGCCAAUUUCCGGAGCAGUUGCAGUCAUCACUUCUGUUAGAGCAGAGGCAAAAGAGGCAGAAUGAGGUUUAUAUGCCACAAAACAUUUUCUCUGCUGGGGGCGGAUCCUUGACUCCAAGGCGAGAACACCUGCCUUUGGGAAAUAUGCAAGAUUGGACUAUCCCUCCUGCCCCCAUGCCGGCACCUUUCCAUCAUCAGUUGAAUAGUAGAGAUAUGUUGAAUCAAAACUGGUUUACUGGAGAGCAUCAAGUUAGUAGUGGAUGGGCUGGUUCAGAAGGUUUUAGUGGCCAAAAUCCGAAUAUUUUGAGUGCAAGCAAUGCAGAUCAGAGCCUAUUUAGUGUUCUAUCUCACAGUAACCAAUUUCAUUCAAGAAUCCCUUAUGAAACAAUGGGCUCUACUGAGCAAUUCAUUCCGCAGAGGAACAAUGGAAUGAUGAGGGGGAGCACUCCUGGAAUAGUUGGAAAUAGUAUGCAGCAAGCUGCUCAUCCGCUUGAUUUUUUAGGUUCGUGUGAUACAACUACCCCACUGAUGGUCACUGAUGAUACAGGAUGGAUGAACUUGACACAUCAGAAUUCUGCUUUGCAUGAUCCAAUGGGAAAACCAUAUUUGAGGUCAUGGAAUCAAUGAAGAGGUUCUUUCUUUAAUUUGUUUCUGAGAAAUGGAAGGACUAAAGUUUAUCAUUUUUGAGCUUUCUCAGAUAAUUUGGAGGUAUGCUGAAUGACCACUUCAUUUGAUGCGAGGUUCGUUCUUAUAAUUAUAUAUAGAGGAAUGGUAGAAGAGACUUACUAGACUCCAAGAUAGAUUUCUGUACAUACACCUAUACUAUACAAAGAGCCAACUGAACUCAUCACAGCACAAAAACUCUUUGUAUAUAAGUAGAUAUUACGUGGAAUGAUGGGAGGUUAGGUGUGAAGGAUGAAAAUGUCCUGGCAUGGCAUCUCUUAUUUGGUAGUGUUGCACAUCACAGUUUGGAUUUCUUUUUUAUUUUCUUUUU